UCACUUUUGCACGUUUUCAUCAAACUCUUUGCUCAUCAUCCUCAUCGUCGGCUGAUUCGUUCAAACACCGUUAGCGAGUCCGUCCCCCUUCCUGGAUAUACGAACGUUAAGGUUUGCAAAUUCCGUGAAACGUCGUUUCCUCAUGUCACCUUUUUUCCCCGCUCAAAGUAUCUUCAACUUUUGGUUAGUGAACUUUCCUCUUUUUAUCAUUAUCAAAAUACCACCUACGUAGUCUGCAAGAUUACACCUGUUUUCUCAUUCAUUGUGUACAGUUCCUUUAAUCGUUUUGACACAUGUCAAAGUAUGUACGAACACCAUGUACUCUUAGCACCAAUUAAAUCCCUGUCUCUCUACGUUUCAAAAGAUUCGGAAAUUGCACAAAAUUUUGGGAAUACGUCUUCUUGUGCUCAUGAUAAGAAUUUCAUGAGAAAUUUCGUCAACGUAGAAAAAUCACAAAAGACAUUUGAGCAUUUAUUAUACUUGCACACCUACUUACCUAUCGUGCUCAUUACUAAUCCAUCAUGA